AGAUUGUCCUGUUGACUUGACACCAGCAGUCAUAUGAAAGUUUAUUUGUCCAUUUUCAAACUGACCCAUUCUUCAAGAUAAUCCCAUGAAUGGCUUCUGCCAAAAAGUGAUAUAAAUCUCUCUGUCCUCUGCACAAUCUCUGAGCAGCCAUGGAGAUCAAAAACAAUUCUUUUCUCCUCUUUUCUUUGUUGUACCUAUGUCUCUCUCUCAAAACCUAUCUCUCCAUUGAAGCUGCUGACACCAUUUCCGCAAAUCAAUCCCUUUCUGGAGACCAAACAAUUAUCUCUUCAAAUGGGAAAUUUAAGCUUGGUUUCUUCAAACCAGGUAGUUCUCCCAACUACUACAUAGGCAUGUGGUAUGAUAAAGUGUCUGAACCAACUGCUGUUUGGGUUGCAAACAGGGAAAAACCAGUUCUUGAUAAGAAUUCUGCAGAGUUAAAGAUCUUAGAUGGUAAUUUGGUACUGGUGGAUGAAUCUCAAACUUCAAUUUGGUCCACAAAUAUCAGUUCCAGCAACUCGAGUUCUGUUGUAGCAGUCCUUCAAGAUGAUGGUAAUUUGAUCUUGACAGAUGGGUCUAAUUCAACACCACCACUUUGGCAAAGUUUUAAUAACCCCACCAAUACUUGGUUGCCUGGUUCUAAACUUUCUUACAAUAAAGUCACCAGAACAAAGCAGCUUCUUACUUCAUGGAAGAGUGCAGAUGAUCCUGCGCCUGGGCUGUAUUCACUUGAACUCGACCCAAAUGAGAAGCAGUAUAUUAUCAAGUUCAAUCGAAGUGUGGACUAUUGGAAUACUGGACCAUGGAAUAAUCGAAUUUUCAGAGAUGUGCCUGAGAUGAGGACUAACUAUAUUUACAAUUUUAGCUAUGAGGACAAUCAGAAUGAAAGCUAUUUUACAUAUUCCCUUUAUGAUGAUUCUAUCAUAUCAAGAUUCAUUAUGGAUGUCUCUGGACAGAUUAAGCAACUCACAUGGUUGGAUAAUACAAAUCAAUGGAAUCUGUUCUGGUCUCAACCAAGACAACAAUGUGAAGUUCAUGCAUUUUGCGGGCCAUUUGCUACCUGUCAGGAAAGCUUACCCUUCUGUAAUUGUUUGGAUGGUUUCAAGCAUAGUUCAGAGACUGAUAGGAAUCAAAAUGAUUUUUCUGGAGGAUGUGAGAGGCAAACGAAGUCGCAAUGUGGCAAUGGUACUGGGGAAAGAGAUGACUUUUGGAUGCAUCCCCAGAUGAAAGUACCUGAAAAUGCUCAAAAUAUUUCUGCUGGAAGUGAUGAAGAAUGCAGAUCUACCUGUUUGAAUAAUUGCAGUUGCACUGCUUAUGCUUAUGGAAGUUCAUGCUCAAUUUGGAAUAGUGAACUCUUGAAUAUGCAGCAACUCCCACAAAAUGAUGGCAGGGGCGAGUCGAUCUAUGUCAGGGUAGCUGCAUCUGACAUCCCAAAAUCAAAGAGUAAAAAGGGAAUUCCAAUUGGUGUUUCUGUGGGGUCUGCUGCUGCCGUACUGAUCCUUCUGGGCAUUCUUUUUGUUGUAUUCCGGAGAAGGCGUAGGCAUAUUGGAAGUGGGAAAAUAGUGGAGGGUUCACUGGUUGCAUUUGACUACAAAGACUUGCAACAUGCGACUAAAAAUUUCUCAGAGAAGUUAGGAGGUGGAGGCUUUGGUUCUGUUUUUAAAGGGAAACUAUCUGAUUCAUCUGUUAUUGCUGUUAAAAGGCUCGACAGCAUCAGCCAGGGAGAGAAGCAAUUUCGAUCAGAAGUCAGCACAAUCGGGACAAUCCAACAUGUUAAUCUGGUACGCCUUCGUGGAUUUUGCUCUGAAGGUAACAAGAAACUGCUGGUUUAUGAUUACAUGGAAAAUGGAUCCUUGGAUUCACAUAUUUUUACCGAAAAGCAGUCAGAUGUUAUGGAUUGGAAAACAAGGUACCAGGUGGCACUAGGGACAGCAAGAGGCUUGACUUAUCUCCAUGAGAAGUGUAGGGACUGCAUCAUACAUUGUGACAUAAAGCCUGAAAACAUCCUUCUUGAUGCACAAUUAUGCCCCAAAGUAGCAGAUUUUGGCCUGGCAAAGCUUGUUGGGCGCGAUUUUAGCAGAGUGCUUACUACUAUGAGAGGCACAAGAGGUUAUCUUGCACCAGAAUGGAUAUCAGGGGUGGCCAUUACAGCCAAAGCCGAUGUUUAUAGCUAUGGCAUGAUGCUUUUGGAAAUUGUAUCAGGGAAGCGAAACUCGGAAUACUCUCAAGAUGGGAAAGUGAAAUUCUUUCCUAGAUGGGCUGCACGUGUAGUCGUUGAUGAAGGCGAUAUCCUUAGCCUAUUGGACUAUAGGCUGGACAGAGCUGCUGAUGCUGAGGAGUUGUCAAAAAUAUGUAAAGUUGCAUAUUGGUGCAUCCAAGAUGAUGAAUUUCAAAGACCCUCAAUGGGUCAGGUUGUUCAGAUUCUUGAAGGAGUUUUGGAUGUGAAUUUGCCUCCUAUCCCACGCUCUCUUCAAGUUUACGCAGACAAUGAGGAGCACAUCAUUUUCUUCACCGAGUCAUCCUCGAGCCAGACUAGCUCACAAGCUCAGAGCAAAACUUCAAGUACAACAUCUCAAUCUAAAAGCAUAGCAGAGUCUACGAAUUCCAGGUCUUAAAUAUGACUUUCAACUACUACUUGCAAUGUAUAUCAUUAGUAACUAAUUCGAAUUAUCUAUGCUUAGCUCUGUAAAAUGAUAUAAUGUUCAGCCCUUGCAUUAUCUGUUGAGUUUGCCGGGUUCACCAAGUUUAUAUUAUUUCAUACUUUUGGUAA